AUGGAAACAAUGGAUCAAAGACUUGUCUCAACUUGGUCUAACGCUAUUUCCUCUGUCCCUCUUUCCUUUGUUCAACCACCUGAGUGUAGACCUGGUAAGGUCACCAACCCUUCAACUAAGACAAUACCUUUGAUUGAUCUUGGCGGACAUGAUCAUCCUCAUAUCAUAUCACAAGUUUUGAAAGCUUCUCAAGAAUAUGGCUUUUUUCAGGUUAUCAACCAUGGAGUUUCAAAGAAUUUAGUGGAUGAAGCAUUGAAUGUUUUCAAAGAAUUUCAUGGCAUGCCUCCAAAGGAAAAGGUGAAUGAAUGUUCUAAAGAUUCAAAUGGAAUUAAUUGCAAGAUAUAUGCAAGUAGUGAGAAUUACAAAAAAGAUGCUAUUCAAUAUUGGAAGGAUACCUUGACUCAUCCAUGUCCUCCUUCUAGAGAAUUCAUGGAAUUUUGGCCUCAAAAACCACCUAAAUACCGUGAGAUUGUUGGUGAAUAUACACAAGAAUUAAACAAGUUGGGACAUGAAAUAUUAGAGAUGCUUUGUGAAGGGUUAGGGCUAAAGCCAGGAUAUUUCAUUGGUGAACUUAGUGAAAAUCCAAUAAUACUAGCUCAUCACUACCCUCCAUGUCCAGAUCCAAGUUUAACUUUAGGCCUAGCCAAACAUAGAGACCCUACACUCAUCACUCUUCUACUUCAAGAUCAAGAGGUUCAUGGACUUCAAGUCCUUAAGGAUGAUCAAUGGAUUCCGGUUGAACCCAUUCCCAAUGCUUUUGUUGUUAACAUUGGUUUAAUCUUGCAGAUUAUUACCAACGGAAGGCUUGUUGGUGCUGAACAUCGAGUUGUGACGAAUUUGAGAAGUGCAAGAACAUCAGUUGCGUAUUUCAUAUAUCCUUCAUUUUCAAGAAUGAUUGAGCCUGCACAAGAAUUGAUAGGUGAAACCACUCCUCCAAUUUAUAAAUCAAUGUCAUUUGGAGAAUUUCGUAAAAAUUUCUAUGAAAAAGGACCCAAAAUUGAACAAGUAUUGCAUUCUUAG